GAAGAGGAAUUCAAAGGUCCACUUAAACUGAAUGAAAAAUAUUCUAAAAGUGUAGCUAAAAAGGCUAAACAAGAACUUAGAAAACUAAUGAAUAGCCAAGAUAACUUGGGCAAUGAGUUAGAAGACUUGAUUGAUAAAGACAAAAAGAAAGUGGUUAGAAGACCAUCUGAGAUCACUAAAGGGGAAUUCAAAUUAAUGAUGAUACUGACAACAAUGACAAUAGAAAGAUAA